AUGGCUUGGGAAGAACCGAGAAAGACAGGCAUGCAGUACCGCCGCCUGGGCCACUCUGGCCUUCAUGUCUCGGUGCUUGGCUUGGGAGGCUGGCUGACGUUCGGCGGCCACGUUGAGAACGAGAAGACGUUUGCGUGCAUGAAGCAGGCCUACGACCUCGGCGUCAACUUCUUCGAUACGGCCGAGAGCUACGCUGGCGGAAACUCCGAGAUUAUCAUGGGCCAGGCCAUCAAGAAGUUCGACUGGAACCGUAACGAUAUUGUUGUCAGCACCAAGCUCAACUGGGGCGGCGCCAACGGCGAGGUGCUCAUCAACAACCACGGUCUCUCUCGCAAGCACAUCAUCGAGGGUCUCCGAGCCUCUCUGAAGCGACUCGACCUUGAGUAUGUCGACAUCGUAUACGCCCACCGACCCGACCGUUUGACGCCCAUGGAAGAGACGGUCCGCGCCUUCAACCAUGUCAUCGACAAGGGCUGGGCCAUGUACUGGGGCACCUCUGAGUGGAGCGCCGAUGAGAUCGCCGAGGCUUGUGGCAUCGCCAAGGACCUCAAGAUGAUUCCUCCUGUCGUCGAGCAGCCUCAGUACAACAUCCUCGAACGCCGCAAGGUCGAGUACGAGUUCCAGCGCCUGUACCAGCGCUUCGGCCUCGGCUUGACCACCUUUAGCCCCAUCAAGAUGGGCUUGCUAAGCGGCAAGUACAACGAGAGUCUGGAUGCGCCGCCGGCGGGCAGCCGCUUUGCCGAAGGCAAGGGCGACAAGUUUGUCAAUUGGGCCAACAAGGAGUGGUAUGGCAACGACGAGUGGAAGUCCCUGAUUCAGAACGUCGGUAUUGCGGAGAAGCUUGGUGCCACGCAGUCGCAACUGGCCCUUGCGUGGUGCUUGAAGAACCCGAACGUUACUUCUGUGAUUACGGGCGCUUCAAGACCCGAGCAGAUUGUCGAGAACGUGGGUGCUCUGAAGGUUCUGGAGAAACUGACACCGGAGAUCAUGGCGGAGGUUGAUGCCGUCGUGGGCGAGGUCAAGCUCGACCCGGCCAGACAAGAUUAG